AUGGGCGGACGCGCGGAAAUUCCAAAUCCGAGGCUGUUUGGUGUUCUCCACGUCACUUCUUCGACCGACUGGAACUCCCAACUCCCUCUAACGUCGCCUCAACGUCACCUUAACCUCGUCAUCUACCCAGAUCCCUCUCCGUUGCAAGCCAUACUGUUUCGGCGAUGGCGUAGAAGUUGGCUAGGGAGACAAAUACCUCGGACUGUAAAAGUAGGAGUUGUAGUUGGAGGUAAUAGGACGGUAGUUAUGUAGGUACAGUAAGCAAAACUGUUGAAAUGCGAAGAGACGUUCACGAGAUGUUUGUUUGAAUUUGAUCAACUUGUC